GAGAGAGAGAGAGAGAGAGAGAGUCACACAUUGAGUGAGACAGGGGAGACAGACUGAGUGUAGACUACGCCAGACUGAGCAGACGAAGCAUUUUUCAGGCUCACAUUUUGGAGUGCGUAAAACCACAGGAGUGCGUAGAAACACAGGAACCCGUGAUUGUGCGUUGGAUAAUAAGGAUUUUUCAAUCUCGUCGGAGUUGUCGACUUUAAUUCCGCGUGUUUAUAGAAACUACCUCUAUGAAUUCAGCAACCUUCAGUUUUCUGAAUGGACGCGCUGGGAAGCUUCUCCGGUGACAUGGAAAUGCGUGUUGCUGACCGUGUGGCCGGAUGCUGAGGACGCCUGACGCCGAUAAGUCAGAUCCAUCUUUCAUUUUGAGUUUUGGACUCUCACUUCCCAGCGGCUACAACAUGGAGGGUACGAGCUUUCAGCCCCAUCCCGGACUUCAACAAACUCUGAAGCAAUUUCACCUCAGCUCCAUGCGCUCUCUGGGUGGACCGGCGGCGUUCUCCGCUCGGUGGCACCAGGACUCGCUCUUCGGUAAAGAUGGAAAGUCCGCGGAGAUGGUGCUCUCGCUGCCGCCGCAGACACCUCCGGUGAUGUCUGGGCCACUUUUCAUCCCGUCCGACCGCUCCACGGAGAGGUGCGAGACGGUGUUGGAGCGAGAGCCCAUCUCCUGUUUCGUGGUCGGCGGCGAGAAGCGACUCUGCCUGCCGCAGAUCCUCAACAGCGUCCUGAGAGAUUUCUCCCUCCAGCAGAUCAACUCCGUGUGCGACGACCUGCACAUCUACUGCUCCAGGUGCACGGCGGACCAGCUGGAGAUCCUCAAAGUGGUCGGGAUCCUGCCCUUCUCGGCUCCGUCCUGCGGGCUGAUCACGCAGACGGAUGCUGAGCGCCUCUGCAACGCGCUCAUCUACGGCGGUACGUAUCCCCCUCACUGCAACAAGGAGUUCGGCUCCUUGGAGUUUGAGCGAAGCGAGAAAAGCUUCAAAGUCUACCACGAAUGUUUCGGCCGCUGUAAAGGCUUGUUCGUCCCGGAACUGUACACCGGCCCGAGUGCAGCCUGCGUCCAGUGCAUGGACUGCAGGCUCAUGUUCCCACCUCACAAGUUCGUGGUGCACAGUCACAAGAGACUCGAGAACCGGACAGUCCACUGGGGUUUCGAUUCCGCCAACUGGCGGGCCUAUGUGCUCUUAGACCCGGACUACAGCGCGGAGGAGAAGAGUCUUGUGGAGCAGCUGCUGAAAGAGUUAAAAGGAAAAUAUGAUGUGACGGGCAAGCUGUCCAGUAAAUCCUGCAGAUCUCCGAGCCCCGUCCCAGCCAAGAGGUCCAAAUUUGACAAAUAUCAGUCUUCAUCAUCUGAGAAAGAGAGGAAACCGGACUGGUUACAGUCUUUGUCAAAGUCUGCACACAAGGAUCUGAAACAAGUCCAGCUGAAACAGAGGCCCUCGGCUUUCCGUCCCUGGUCUCCCAAAGCUGCAGAGAAAGAGAACCCAGCUACCAAAAACGAGGUGGAGAGGUCCUACUCCAAGAACCAGGAGACUUUGACAGAACCUAAUCAGGCACUAGUUCCCCUAGUCCAUCCCAGGGAGACUCACGCACCUGGCCGGGGACCGACAGCCAUUUCCAGGCCACCACAGGAGCUGCAUAAUGCAGAGAUUCAGGCUUCUUCAGCAAAGCCGGCCCCUUCCACGACCAGCAACCAAAACGACAACGUGGACACGGACGGAGAGAUCGAUGUGGACGACUGCGAUGAUUGUCCAGUGCCACCCUCCUCCCUGGCGUCUCCUCCGUCAGUCUGCACCAGUGUCUCUCAGACUCUGACCCCUCAGACUUUUGCUCAAGCUCAGGAGGGACCCGUCUGGCUCUCGGGGCCCAUUUGCCCAGAGAUUGACACCCUGACACAGAUGCUGUAUGCAGGCCUGGACACCAAAGAAGCCCGGGAGAAACUGCUGCAGGAGAUCGUCAGGAUGAGAGUCAAGCAGGAGGAAAAGCUGGCAGCGGCUGUGCAAGCAAAACGCAGCCUUCAGCAGGAACUGGAGUUUGUCAGGGUGGCCAAGAAAGGGCGCCUUCGCGAGGCCAUCGAAGCGAAGCGCAACCUGCGGAAGGAGAUCGAACGCCUUCGUGUGGAUUGGGAGAGGAAGAUGAGGGAUGCGGAGGAGUCUUGUGAGCGGCUGAAGAGGGAGUUGGAGAGGGAGAGACAGCUCCGUGUUUGUGACAAAGGCUGUGAGGCCGAGCGCCUUCGGGUCAAGUAUUCUAAUCAGAUUGAGGAGCUGCAUGUGCAGCUUCAGCAAGCGGAAUCUGAUCGGGAGCAGCUGAGGCAGGAGCUCCAGCAGGAGAGAGAGGCCCGGCAGAGUCUGGAGAGCGUUGUUAAAGACUUGCAAAUCCAGCUGGCGCUUCAGGCGGACAGUAGCUCUCCCGGAGACUGCAAGGACGCGAACACAGAUAAACACAGACAGACCACACAGCUCGCCAACGGAUCCUAAAGUUGCACAUUCAGAACUGGAGAAAGGGACUCACGCGAAAGGAGUAACGAUAAAGGACUCGCACCUCCUGUUACGGAAAAGAGACUCGGCAAAACAGAGCAAAAAAAAAAAAAGAAAAAAGUCAUAUGAAUCAAUAUUAUUAUGACAAUAUAUGAAUUUAAUGAAAUGAACUGGAAAGAAAAGCAUGAUGUCUCAGCAUGUUGUAGAGCGGGAAACUAAGAAAGACUUCUUCAGCGAUGAACACAUCUUUGCAGUGAUGUCGGGGACACCCGACACUGUCCAAGGAUUUUAUUUUUGGUAUAAGCUAUUCUAAGAUGUGCAAAUAUAGCCACAUAACACUACUUGAAUAUGAAGGGAAGGAACAUGUUGCGCCUGGUGAAACAUGAGCAGAUGAUAAAACUCUCGGUGCCACAAAUGACUGGUACACUCAAAGGUGUCGUUGCAGACCACUGAAAAACAAGAGGCACCAGUUUACCACUAUUUACUUUUAAUAUCAGCUUGCUUUUUAUAACUGUGUAGAGGAUGUGCUUUUUAAGAGGUAUUGCUUGCGCAGCAGCACUGUUAUUCCACAGGCAAGAACAACGAAACAUCCAUAUUCAAACAUGUACGCGUGUAUACGAGCUUGUCUACCUUUUGUAUUUUAUAAACCCGAAGUAUUGGAGGUGGCGUGGGCCGCCUUCAGGUCCACCACUGUUUUAUGCUUUAGAUAUUUUAUGGAAGUGUUACUUUUUAAUAUUGUGAUACAACUUUGUUUCCAGCGCCUUUCGGCAACCAAAUCAUGUGAUAAAUACAAAGAAAUACAAAUGCCCUUCUAAAAGAAAAAAAACAAACAUCAAUAGCUACCUGUAGGUGAUUUGUCGGAACGCGGUACUUCUGAUUUUCUAUUGAGUAUUGUGAAAUAAUUUAUAUUCUAUUAUAAUAAUUUGCUGCCUAUUAACAGAAAGCAUUCAUUUUUAGCCACUGGUUUUAGGCUCUUAAAUCAACAAAUGCUGUUUAUACGAACAACAUUUUUACAUUAUAUGAAAAAUACGGAUAUAUUUUUUUACUUAAAGAAAAGGAAUUGCACUUUUUAAAGAAUAGAACCUUGCAUUGUGCAUCGUACUCCCUGUUACAUUUUCUUUCCUUUUUUUUUUUCAAAUCACAAGUUAACACGAACUUGGAAUUUAAACAAACUUUCCCUCGGUAACCUCUGAUGUACAUACGAUAAUAUUGUAAAUAAGAUAUUUGUUGGUAUGUUUGCUUGCUUCAGACUUAAACUGAUUAUGAAUAUAGUUUUUUGCUCUUACUUGAAACCAAAAAGAGACUAUAUUUGGAUUUGCAAAAAAAAAUAAAAUAAAAUAAUGCAUUUUUAUUGUAAUCCCUGAAUAUCAUUGCUAUCACAGGGGCAUUUACCAGAAUGGAUGGUAAACCAAAAAUAGUCACAGGACUUGACUUAUGAUGAGUGGUGUUUGUUGGUUUGACACGUGGAAAAAAAAAAAACAGAUUUUAAUUUCUGCCUUGACUUUUGUUUAUUUGAAAGAAUGUUUAUUAUUUGAUGAAUUAUAGAGUAUAUAUUACACCACAGACCAAAAACUAAAAGAAAAUGGAUUUGAACCUCUUUGCACCUCUGCCUCCCUCUUCUAUCUCCAGAUAGAGUAGACGCAACACCAUCUCGUGGGUUUCAACCUUAGGUGCUCUCUCGUACAUAUAUAUAGACAAGAAACACUUUUAUGUCUUAUCAUUAUGAUACCCUACACUCAGUAUUUGUUGGGUACAGUGUAAUAGCAAUAUCCAUUUUUGUUAGCUGAUGCUGUUGUAGUUUUGAUUCGGAAGUGGGGUCUCACUCGCCUCUUCUCUUUUCUCUUUUUUUUUUCCAGUGUUUUUGUUUUUCCUUUGGAAAACUUGUAUGAUACCCAUUAAAAUCUAUCAAUCAACCCGA